AAGAGCCUGGCAUGGAUCAUGGAUGGGUUCAUCGAUCUCCCUCUCUCGACUCAGAAGCGCGUCGCCCUCUUCUCCUCGAGCAAACCCUAGCUCGCUCUCCUGUUGGACGCCAUGAUGUGUACACGAGCCGCAACCUCUGUGAGUUGGACAAGCAAUGAUAUCCUAGCUAUCCUAGGAUAUAUCUUCUGUCUUGUUGGUGGUGACUCGCAAGUCGUAUUACUGUUUGUUGUUCACGGUCCCGUUAUUCGCACAUCGCAGCAGCAGCAGCAGCAAUAGCGUCCAGGUCGACAGCAUCGGGUAUCGCUUUACGUCACCGCGUCGCGCUCGCCCUUAUCCAACCUCGGUGUCAAACGACCAAGUUCUUGAUCCCCCAUCGACAAUACCAUCGUUUGCUAUAUCUACUCGUUCAUACCAAUCUCACGCCACUUCGAUCUCUGGGACCUCAAACUACCACCUAGACUCCGUGUGACAUGACUGGAGGAGGCUUCGCGUUGCCCGGAGCUGAUGACGACUAUUCCGAAGACGAAGAUGGGGGAAACACGCUGGAAAUGUCCGAGCUCGGCGAGGGAGGUACGACGAGAAGGAGAGAGAUAGAAUGGGUCGGGAAACCUCAUGUGGCAGGGCCAGAGUGGAUGAAGCUGCCAUUGUUGACGGUAUGCAUGCUGGGACUCCAGUGUGUAUGGUCCAUCGAGAUGGGUUAUGCUUCACCAUACCUGCUCGAGCUGGGUCUAUCGAAAUCCUUGAUGUCGCUCGUCUUCGUCGCGGGACCUCUCAGUGGGCUGAUCAUGCAGCCUCUGAUCGGCAUAUUCGCGGACAGAUCGAAAUCCAGGUUCGGUCGAAGACGACCCUUCAUGAUCGCUGGAUGUAUAGUCAGCGUUUUUGCUAUGAUGCUCCUGGGAUGGGCUAGGGAGAUAUCGGCGUUCUUGGGAGGGGGCCAGCGAUUUGCGAUCUUUUUGGCAAUCUGGGCGAUCUAUCUGGUUGAUUUCUCUAUCAAUGCGGUACAAGCCGUAGAUCGAGCUCUUGUGGUAGACAUCUUGCCUCCUUCUCAGCAGGAGAAGGGCAAUGCGUGGGCUGGACGGAUGUUCGGAACGGGUUCUCUAGCCGGAUUCUGGGUCGGAAACAUCAACCUGCUCAACAUCUUUCCCUUUCUAGGCAAGACUCAGCUGCAGGUUCUCAGUUUUCUUACCAGCGUUAUUCUCAUGGCUACACAUGGUCUCACCGCAUACAGCGUCAAAGAGCGAGUGCUGUUUCGUGACAACCGGAAGUCUUCGAAGGCCAACGUCUGGGAUACGAUCAAGAGCAUAUGGACCAACAUCUUCCUCCUACCUCCAGCUAUCCGCUCCAUCUGCUAUGCGCAGUUCUUCGCCUGGAUAGGCUGGUUCCCAAUCCUCUUUUACACCUCGGUCUGGGUCGGAGAAAUUUACACGCGUCAAGCGAUCGCUGGAGGCCGUUCGGAGGAUGAUCCAGAACUCGCUGCGGAUGCCACGCGAGCAGGUUCGAGAGCACUCUUCCUGAACGCUUGUGUCAACUUGACCACGAGCAUCUUUUUACCUUUCCUGGUCUCUUCGUCCGGGAUAAAGGCGCCUACUGCCGAGCAGGUCAAAAGAAUGGCUUCGAGCGGGGCGACGAGAACGUACGGAAAUGGCUUUCUGGGGCGAAUCAUGCCUCAACUCGAUCGCGUUAGGAGUUUGGUCCCUUUCCCAAAGCGAUUUCGGUUCACCAUCCCUCUUCCAUGGCUUACCCUGAUUCGGACAUGGGCUAUCGGGCAAUUCAUGUUCUGUUUCACCAUGAUGGCCACAUGGCUAGCGGGCUCAGUCUUCUGGGCCAAUGCUAUCAUAGCUUUAAACGGCUUUUGUUGGGCGGUCGCGCAAUGGGCUCCGUUUUCGUUGCUAGGUGAACUUAUCCUGUUGGAUACCACCGCUUCCGAAGAUGCCGGCCCUGCCGGCUCUGCAAUACGCAGGAGCCGGGACAUCGGUAGAAGAUCGCAAUCGAUCGACGUUCGAAACGACCGUCUCGACCAUGCUCUCCGGGAUUAUGAGGACGAAGACCAUAUGCUGAAGACAGCUGGACUGGAGGAUGAGACGAGCGGAGUUCAUACUGACCGGGCCUAUGGAAGGUCUGCGCUUUCACAGCCAUCCACAUCCUCCGCAGGCGAUGACUGGAAUGGCAGUACAAGAGUCGGGGGCUCGUCUCUGCGUGAUUCACUAGAGUACGACGAUUAUAACGAAAAGGGAAAGUCAGGCCUGCGAGAUGGCAAGCGCUCCAGCUGGUCUCCCGACGAUUCACUCGAUACGACCUUACGAGUGCCUGGCUUGGUAUAUCCAGCCGAACGACCGUCACGACCAGAGCCAAGUGGGCAGAGCACCGCCGAGAAAGCUGGGGUCAUCCUUGGCAUCCACAAUAUCUUCAUCGUAGUGCCCCAAUUUCUCGUGACAUUCCUUUCGGCCAUCAUAUUUUAUCUGCUUGAGCCAACUAGGCCAGCCUUACCGGAACAUCACACCAGUCCCCAUGUCCCGGUCAGCGGGAAUAUCACGCUUACCGAACCAGAGGAUGGGCUCGGACAGGUCGAAGGCGAGCUUUCGAUGAGGAAUGGUGCUAGGCUUCUGGCUAGAGCAGUCGUCCACGCUCUUUUACAUGACAAACCGAAAAGGGAACUCGAAGCACACGUGACUAGCGGUCCGGAUUCGGUCGGUCUGGUCUUCCGCCUCGGAGGUAUCAGUGCUGCUAUCGCUGGCAUCAUGUGCUUGCGCAUGGCGCAUCAAUGGCGGAAGGAUUUCGGACAGACGGCUGGUUACGCCGGGCUGCCGCAGACCGAUCGCGAGCUUCGGGAUUCCUCAGCCUUUGACGACAGCUCCAUCCCUACACAAAGCCGACCCAUCAAGGACGGCAUACACCUCGGCUUGCAGAACAUGCAUAAACUGAUGGCGUAUCUGCCACCCGUCACCAUUCCCUACAUUCACAUCGCCGGAACCAAUGGCAAAGGCUCUGUGUCAGCCAUGCUAGAUAGCUGCCUCCGUCAAGCUGGUCUCAGGACCGGUAGAUACAACUCUCCGCAUCUCGUUUCAAUCCAGGACGCAAUAGUUGUCAACGGCACCGAUACGACUUCAGAGACAUAUCUCAAGCAUCGCAACAAGAUUGAAGCCAUUGUCCAAGAGCGGAACCUCGAUAAUUCGGAAUUCGAAAUCCUGACGGCGACUGCAUUCUCGAUUUUUGCUGCCAGCCAGCCGGAGAUCGACGUCUUGAUCAUCGAAUGCGGCAUGGGAGGUCUUCGCGAUGCUACCAACGUCAUGGAUCCCGAGCUCCAGCUCUGCGCGGUGCUCACUACGGUGGACCUAGAUCACCAGAAAUUCCUUGGAGAUACGAUCGAGGCGAUCGCCAGGGACAAAUUCGGCAUAGCGGUUCCCGAUGGGAUACUCGUCGUAGGGAAGCAAGAUCAUCCCGAAGUCUACGGUCAAGCUCAGCGAAGGGCGACCGAGCUCAAUGUCGACUUGUACGAGACCGACCGGAAUCCACAAGUCGACGAACCUUCGAGUGGGACUGCUCAACGCAUUGGACCGCGAGCCGUUCAGGUGGUGGUCGAUUGGAUUCAGAACACGCCAGCAACCAGUAUCGGGGUAACGUUGCCUUUGGCUGGAGAGCAUCAGACGGAUAAUCUCGCCACAGCUCUCAUGGUCAUGCAGGUGCUGCAGCAUCACGAACGCACUAUUAGGAUACAACCUCGUCUGCAGGCCAUCAGUCCGCAAAGCACUCGAAAGGGGAUCAAGAACACGGUAUGGAAGGGUCGUUGCAGCUGGAUCCGCUUGUUUUACGCUCCGCCGAGUUUGGGACCGGUCUCCCCCUCGCUUCGACAAGUCGAAGUGCUUGUCGAUGGAGCUCACAACUCGUCUGCUGCAUUCCAGCUACGACAAUAUGUGGACAGUCUUCACAUACCUGUCACUACUCCAAUCACCUUCAUCAUCGGACUCUCCAGAUCACCUCCGAAAACGCCGGCAACGGUUCUGCAACCUCUACUCGCGGGCUGCAGAAGUAUCGACAAAGUCAUACCCGUGGCCUUUUCCACCCCCGUAGACGGGAUGCCAUGGAUCAGCAACGUCCCCAUGGAGGAUGUGCGCAAGGCGGCCAUCGAAGCUGGAAUAUGGCCGGAAAACGUCAUUACGCUGAAAUCAGAGCAAGAUCCGACGACCGGCGCGUCGUUGCUUCAAGCUCUUCAGACUCUGGACGCAAAGGAGCCAGGUAUCGUCAUCGUGACUGGCAGUCUUUAUCUGGUGGCGGACGCAUACAGAAUGUCGGAGUAGCAAUAGAUGAAAGAAUCGAUGACUUUGGCAGGACUUGACGUUGUACAUCUUACGCACAUACCCAUUCAGAUGGAAGGAACCCUGAAGAGCG